CAGCAGCAUGAGGAGGCGGUACAGGGGCCCAUGACAGAUUACGGGCCUGGCAGCAGCAUGAGGAGUCGGUACGGGGGCCCAUGGCCAAGAUUACGGGCCUGGCAGCAGCAAUGGGAGGCCAUACAGCACCCUAUGGCAGAGUGUGGCGAUGGAGACAGCAGCAAUGGGAGGCCGUACAGGGACCCAUGACACACUCUGGACCUGGCAGCAGCAUGAGGAGGCUGGGGUACAGGGGCCCAUGACAGAUUACGGGGGCCUGGCAGCAGCAUGAGGAGUCGGUACGGGGGCCCAUGGCAGAUUACGGGCCUGGCAGCAGCAUGA